CUAAACAGGCCUAUAUAUAACCUGUAUUUUUAUCUAUAACCGUCCUUGACCCUGUCACCAACUCCCACUGCCAAGAUGUCUGUCCGAGAGUUUUUGGUCGUGGUAUCCCUGGCCUGUGUGUCCAGCCACGCCGUACGUAAUGGAUGGAUCGCCUUUAUACGCCUUGACCAGUCCUCCGGCCACAUCAGAUAUACAGUGACGGAUGGACACUGGUCACUUGACGCUUUGGUGUCCCCGGAAGGAAUCCUCAGACUUUGUGACGUCAAUUCUGACCCCGCGUCUAUUCUGGAAGCCGACCAUGUCAAAUGGAGGGAAAUUGGAGAAGACACAGUUAGAAAAUUGUUCGAGUCUUGUAGACGUAUGGGAAAUGUAAAGCGUGAAACUGACAAGGAAAACGGAAGUCAGGUCAAGGUCACCACUGCCUUGCCUUUUGCCCCGGAAGAGACUGGUGACCCUGCGGGCUCUAGGGGGUCAAUUGCUAUCUUCCCGGGAACAAAAUGGUGUGGACUGGACAACAAGGCUUCGAAUUAUGACGAUUUAGGUGAACACCGUGCCACUGACAGCUGUUGUCGGACUCAUGACCACUGUCCAUACUUCAUAGACCACUUCGAGACCAAAUAUCACUUCCGGAACCCGUACCCAUGGACUCUGAGUUACUGUGACUGUGACAAUGGUCUCUACAACUGUCUGAAGGGGGUAAAUACCACCGUAGCGAAUGAAGUUGGUGAAAUGUUUUUCGGUCUCCUCGACGUCAAAUGUUUCGAUUUUGAAGAUGGGUCGUACUGUUCUGAGGAACACCUGGGAGGUCUGUGGUGUGAGAAGGAAGGGUUUGGGGAGAAAGCAGUGACCAGGGACUUCCCUCACAAAUGGGGAGAUAGCACGGCCGGCUCUGUAGCCAAACCGGGACUUGUCGGCUAGGGAGGAAAUUUCACCAGUAUAGACCGGAUUACAGUAAAUCUUAUAAGGCGGUAUCUCAGCGUUGUUUUGUAUUUUAUUUUUUGUGUCGAGUAAUCAAAAUAAAAACUAAUAAUUUCAA